AUGCCCCCCGCUCAACCACUUCUGAAGGCUAGGACUUUUGCUUCUGUGGUUUCCACCCCAAUUGAAGACGUCCAUCUCAGCCAACUUCCAACUCCGGUUGUGCGCGGGGACAAAACAUAUGUCAAGAUUAGCGAGGAUCUAUACCAAGAACAGUUGAAGUUGUUUCAAAAUAAUCUCCUUGGGCGUUUGCUCCUAAAAAAGGGUUCUACGCCAAUGAAGACCGGUGCUCUAAAAUCUUGUUUAGAAGAUGCAUGGCGCCCUACUGCACCAUGGAACCUGGUUCCUAUAGGUAAAGGCUAUUUUGAUAUCCAUUUCAAUAAGGAAGAUGAUAUGCGACGGGCAUGGGGUGGCGGUACGUGUACUCUCGCUACUGGUUUAUUCAGGUUAUCAAAAUGGACACCAGAUUUUAAACCAGGUGAUGUUCUCCCUCAAACUCAUGCUCAGGUAUGGAUUAAAAUUUUUGGUUUGAGUCAGGAAUAUUGGCAUCCUAGACACUUGAUGGAAAUUGCGAGAGGGGUUGGCACCCCCUUGCAACUAGAUUCAGCUACAAGGGAAAGGCAAUAUGGUUAUUAUGCACGUAUAUUAGUUGAUGUCAAUCUUGCAGGUGAUUUACCUACAUCUCUUAUGGUUGAAAGAGAAAGUCAUGGCUUCCCGGUUGAGGUGGUUUAUGAAAAUUUACCGCCCAAAUGUAGUCACUGUGGUUUGAUAGGGCACUUGGCUAAUAGUUGCAGACAACUCAAACAGAUGUCGAGAGGUCGCUCUCGUAGCCGGACGCGAAAGGGUGGUAACAUGGGGGACAACAAAACCGGAGAUCACUCUCGCAGUCAACUGCACAUGGAAUAUCGUCCCAAAAUAGAUACAACAAUACCAGUUAAUGUCUUUUGUGGGUCACAUGCCUCUGAACCUCUUCAACAGGUUGAUCAAUUGUUGCCUGCAGGUAUUGAGGCAGUGGAUGAUGGUAAUGAUGAGUCCCUGAACAAAGCUCUUGAACCGGUGGUUGAUGAGGCCUUAGGGACCAUUGCCCAAGCUGUGAAUAACUCUGAAUUUGAAGAGCAUGGUAUUAUUCAAUCCCCUGGGAUUUCUCAUAUUAGCAAUUCUAUGACCGGAUCGCUGUCUCUCCUGAUGGAUCACAUCAUCAGAAUGGUCUUUCUUAUGGUCGAGACGGUAGCUCAGAAUAGUCAGCACUUGGGCAACACCGAUGUCCCAAAUAAUUUUGGCAUGCAGGAUCCUCAUGACAACCAUAGCAUUCCCCCUGGUUUUGAACAUGUUGCGACAUUAGCUAAGGAUGUCAUCGAUAUUGUCAAUCACAUAGAAGGCUGUGAUAUGGAUGGUUUUACUCCUGUGCUAUCUAACAGUCAAAAGAAAAAACAAAAGCAGCUUGCCAAUCUUGAUCAACCCUGUGAUAAACCAUAUCCGAGUAGGGUCCGUGGAUUACCGGCUCGUUAUAAAUGA